AUGAACGAGUCCCUGCUGCAUGCUGAGCCCGAAUUCCCUCCGCACGAUGCGGCUGCGCUGUCUGCUGCUGCCGCCGUGUCGGGCUCCGACAGCACCGGCGAGAUGAGUCGUGCCAGCAAGCAGGAUGCGCCGCCCUCGCGAAGGCGUCCAGCGCCCCGGGGCACCGCCGCCUAUCCUCGCAAGCGUGCCAACAAGGCCUGCCAGGUGUGUCGUGCGCGCAGGACCAAGUGCGACAACAAGAAGCCCUCGUGCUCGUUCUGUGAGAAAGUCGGUGCCAAGUGCAUCACCACGCCCACCGAUCUGUCGUCGUUCGAUCCCGCCAGUCUGGCCAUUCUGGAGCGCCUGGAGCAGCUGGAGCAGCUGAUCCGCGAGAAAUCGAUUGAAUCGAGUCGGUCACAGCCACAGCCGCCGCCGCCGCCGCCCGUGGAGGAGGAGUUUACGCUGGGAUACGGAUCCCCGGCGCCAGACCUGCAGUUCGGUCCCGAUUUCAGCACCGUCACCAUCGAAACGGUGCUCUCGUGGCAUGUGUUCCGCGGGAGAUUCGACUCGCACUUGGAUUUGAAAGCGCUUCUGAAGGAUACGGAGGAGCCCAUGUCUCCGCUGCACUCGCCCGUCGGCGAGACCAUUCCGCUGAUCAACAGUCUCGAACUGGGGUCCUGCAACCGGCUGCUCGACAGCUUCCUGACGCGAGUGCACAUUGCCAAUCCGAUCCUGGACGUUCCCCUCGUUCGGAGCUAUGUGCAUCAUGCAUGCCUGCAUGGGAUUGGGUGGGAUGCGCAGUCGUGUUUGGUGCUUCUCGUAUGUGCAUUAGGGUCGAUCGCUGAAGCCUUCCACGACAAGCAUGAAUCCACGUCCAUCGUCGCCCGGAGCUCCCCAAGCUUUGCGCUGGCACGGGCAUUCUUCGAGGCGUCCCAGAAGCGCAUUGGACUGCUGCUGCGUGGCGGCGGCGUCCUUGAGGCGCAAUGUUUCUUCUACUCGGGCGUCUACCUGAUGACGAUCAUGCAGCCGAUGGAUGCAUGGCGACAUUUUGUCCAGGCGGCGGCCAUCUCGCAGGGAUUCGACUUUCCGAGGAAGCCGUUGAGUCCGGAAAUCAUGGCCAGCCCGGAAGCGAAACGGGAACGAGCGUCUCAGGAGAGCAUGUAUUGGACGUGCUUCAAGUCGGAGCUCGAAGUUCGUAUGGAACUGUCGUUGCCAGGCUUCGGCCUGCAGGAUCUCUCCUACCCAAGCUCCUUCCCCAGUCCUCCUUCCGAUACUCUGGAGCAAGACUCGGCGCGGGCGUGGUAUUACUAUCUCGCAGAGAUUGCUCUACGCCGCCUGGCCAACCGGAUCCUGUACCAUCUCUUCCGGCACCAGGAGAAGGGGCGAUUUCCCCGGAUCAGCGACAUGGUGGAAUCGACGGCAGCCUUUGAAGCGCAGGCGGCUGAUUGGAUGGCCUCCCUUCCACCCAUGUUCUCUCUCGAAACGCCGGAGGAAGAGGACGACGUGCUGAAAUUCGUCCUGCGCGGGCAUCUCCUCGACUGCUACGAAUGGAUGUACUUCCCCUUCAUGGCGGAGACGAUCAACUACGGCCGCCAGGGCGCCGUGAUCGACGAGUACUGCCGGAAGGGCCUGCAGAUGUGCGUCGAGCGCAUCCGCAAGAACAAGCCGGGCUUCCAGCACCGGCACCACGGCGCCUGGCUGAUGCUGCGCACCUGCACGCGCAGCGCGCUGAUCCUCCUCGCGGCAUGUCACAGCCAGACGGUGCAGGACCUUAUCCCGGAGGGGUGGAAGGACGCUGUGCUCAGCGCGAUGGGUAUGCUGCGGUUCUGGGAGGACGAGGUGGGCGACGCGCGGGAUCGACUGCAGAUUUUGACGAUGUUGAUGACGGAGUUGGGGUGGUAA